GAGCAGCAGAGGAGAGCGUGCAAAGCCGCUGCGGGCCUGACAGUCGGCAGCCCAGCGGGACCCUGCCGCGGGGAACAUGCACUUUUCCAUUCCUGAGACCGAGUCCCGCAGCGGGGACAGCGGCGGUUCCGCCUACGUGGCCUACAACAUCCACGUGAAUGGAGUCCUGCACUGCCGGGUGCGCUACAGCCAGCUCCUGGGGCUGCACGAGCAGCUUCGGAAGGAGUAUGGGGCCAAUGUGCUUCCUGCGUUUCCCCCAAAGAAGCUUUUCUCUCUGACACCUGCUGAGGUAGAACAGAGGAGAGAGCAGUUAGAGAAGUACAUGCAAGCUGUUCGGCAAGAUCCGUUGCUUGGGAGCAGCGAGACCUUCAAUAGCUUCCUCCGUCGGGCACAACAGGAGACACAGCAGGUCCCCACAGAGGAAGUCUCCUUAGAGGUGCUGCUCAGCAACGGACAGAAAGUCCUGGUCAGCGUGUUGACUUCUGAUCAGACUGAGGACGUCCUGGAGGCUGUGGCUGCAAAGCUGGAGCUUCCAGAUGACUUGAUUGGAUACUUCAGCCUCUUUCUCGUUCGAGAAAAAGAGGAUGGAGCCUUUUCUUUUGUACGAAAGUUGCAAGAAUUUGAGCUGCCUUAUGUGUCUGUCACCAGCCUUCGGAGUCAAGAGUAUAAGAUUGUGCUGAGGAAAAGUUACUGGGACUCUGCCUAUGAUGAAGAUGUCAUGGAAAACCGAGUUGGGCUGAACCUGCUUUAUGCUCAGACGGUGUCAGACAUCGAGCGGGGCUGGAUCCUGGUCACCAAGGAGCAACACCGGCAACUCAAAUCUCUGCAGGAGAAGGUCUCCAAGAAGGAGUUCCUGCGGCUGGCCCAGACGCUGCGGCACUACGGCUACUUGCGCUUCGAUGCCUGCGUGGCUGACUUCCCCGAGAAGAACUGUCCCGUGGUGGUGAGCGCAGGCAACAGUGAGCUCAGCCUCCAGCUCCGCCUGCCUGGCCAGCAGCUGCGAGAAGGCUCCUUCAGGGUCACCCGCAUGCGAUGCUGGCGGGUCACCUCCUCUGUGCCGCUGCCCAGUGGAGGCACGAGCAGCCCCGGCCGAGGCCGGGGUGAGGUGCGCCUGGAACUGGCCUUUGAAUACCUCAUGAGCAAGGACCGGCUACAGUGGGUCACCAUCACCAGCCCCCAGGCCAUCAUGCUGAGCAUCUGCUUGCAGUCCAUGGUGGAUGAGCUGAUGGUGAAGAAAUCUGGAGGCAGCAUCAGGAAGAUGCUGCGCCGGCGGGUGGGGGGCACGUUGAGACGCUCAGACAGCCAGCAGGCAGUGAAAUCCCCACCACUGCUUGAGUCACCUGAUGCCAGCCGCGAGUCCAUGGUCAAGCUCUCAAGCAAGCUGAGUGCUGUGAGCUUACGGGGGAUCGGAAGCCCUGGCACGGAUGCCAGUGCCAGCGACGUCCACGGCAAUUUCGCCUUCGAGGGCAUAGGAGACGAGGACCUGUGAUGGCUCUGCUUCUGCUCCCACCCAGGGAAUGUUUGACGAAGUGCCCUGUGCCUGUAGCCCCACCUAGGGAGUCCUUCCCUUCCUCUCUCUUCUCUCGUCUCCCUGGCCAGGAGGCUCCUAGCCCCUCUUUCCCCAAGGGGAGCUACACAAGAGAUCUCCCCCUUUUUUCAUUUCCAGAGCUGGCCCUCGAUGCCAAAUUAGCAUUUAGUAUUUUGCACAGAGUCCAAGGGACUGUGGCUACCUGCCUUGGGGAGGAACAUUAGCUCUCCCGCCUCCACCCUCCCAAGGCUGCUUCUGGCUUCCAGAAGUUCUGGGCCAAGGGGAUGGCAGUGGUCUGUGUCUGGUCCGGCCCAGCUCCCCGUCAUUAAACUCAGCCUGAUUGCUGCCUA